UGGCAACCACGUGACUGACGUCACUCGUGGGACGACCCAAACCAUUAAACGACGCCAGCACCCCUCAAUACGCUCCUCAGGUUUAUAACAAACAAGUGCAAAGGACGGGAACACGCUACGCGAGUUGUACCUUCCACAGUUCGACGCGACAUUGUUUUUGUCCGAGGCCGUCGCGAACACAUCUCUUUCCUCUUGGCCGGUGCGCACUUUGCUUGCAAAAACAAAGUCCGGAAUUUUGACAACUUACUGACGCUAAUGGGACAUGGCGAUGGACACGUCAACAUCCGCUGACUCAGAGACGGCGUGCCGAGGGAGCAUCGAGGCCCCGUCGUUAAAGGUGGGCUCGGUGCGGAGGAACCUCUUCGGCCCCGUGGACCACCAGCAGCUGCACCAGGACUUCCAGCGUCUCCUCCACUCGGGCGUGGACGCGGCCAACAAGCGGUGGAACUACGACUUCCGCAGCGACGCUCCGUCGCCGGGCUCCGGCGUGCAGUGGGAGGAGCUUAAGUGCCAGGAUGUGCCGAGAUUUUACCACAGCUGCACGGUGAGGCCGGCGGCGAAGAAGACGAAGAGGCGGUUCUCGGCGUCGCCGGGCGACAGCUCCGACGAGUCCGGCAGCUCUUCCGGAUCCGGGGACGAGUACCUGGAGGUGGCCACAAGGCGGCGCUGCAGGCUGCAGAAGCGCAAACAGUUGACCAUCAUGGAUUUCUUCAAGGUGAAGAAGAGGAAGCUUCUACAUUACAAAAGCAUGACUCGGCAGUAGGAGCACCUCAGAUAUGUUUCAUAUCCAUGUACAUACUGUAUGUAGCAUCUGGCAACACAACUUUAUUAGCACAAAAAAGCUACCAGUUUUUUUUUUAGUCCAACCACACGGUUCUAAAUGAUAUAUAUGUAUGUAUAUAUGUACAUUCUACAUACUGUUUUCUUCACUUUUUUUAUACUGUGAAAUUGUAUUAUGUGCACUCUGACAGUCCAGCGCCGUGGAUAGUAUUUGUCAAGGUGGUGACCUCACUCGUCACCUAUUUGUUAUGCUGAACGUCCGAACUAUUCCUGGCCUCGCGCCACACUUUAUUCUCAUCACCCCCGGCCGCCUCUGACGGCGCUAUGAGGCAAGGGUCAAAACCUCGCCCGGGGUUCAAAUUUGGCGGCAUGCUAGCGAUCAGCUCCAGGUUAAAGGUCAACGGUGGAGGGUCAGCCACUAUCGUGCUGAUAACCAGGAUUCUUAUCUAUUUAUGUAUUCACAAUGCUAGCCCGUCCUCAAAAAUAAGAUACUAUAUCUAUAUAUAUACAUAUACACAUAUCCAUCCCAUCCAUCCAUUUUCUACAGCUUAUUCUAAUAUAUACAGUAUAUGCAUACAUAUAUAUAUUUGUGUGUAUAUAUAUAUAUAUAUAUAUAUAUAUAUAUAUAUAUAUAUAUAUAUAUAUAUAUAUAUAUAUA